AUGGGCCUCCGAAAACGUUUGGAGCUCCGCUCCGAAAGCGCCGAACUCGGCACGGAGGGCGGCCGGCUUUCCAACAAGGACAUGGACCCUAUCCCGAUGGGCUCGCCUGAACGCACCUGGGGUUGGCCGAGUUUACUCGGGUUUUGGAUUGCUGAAGCAUUUUCCAUUUCCAUGUAUCAAGUAUUUAUUGGCCAUGUCUUGGUAUGCAUUCCGGCGAUACUGGACGGAUACGUUGGCUGCAUUCUCGGAAUCAACUUUCCCGUUUUCACACGAGCUUCGUUUGGUGUACGGGGCUCGUACGCCGCAGUAUUUGUCCGAGGAGUUGUCGCUUGUAUCUGGUUCGGUACUCAAUCGUUCCAAGGUGGACAGUGCUUGCAAGUCAUGAUUUCCGCCAUCUGGCCGCAGUUCAAUAACUUUCCGAAUCAUUUGGCGGCGGAUGCUCACGUCACAAGCUCCGAGCUCCUUUGCUUCUUCCUCUUCAUCCUCAUUCAGUUGCCACUGCUUUGGCUACACGUGAGCAGUCUAAGGUACAUGUUCAUGGCUAAGACGGUCAUCAUGCCAAUUUUCGGCUUGACUCUCUUCAUCUGGGCCAUUGUUGCUGGCAAGGGUUUCGGACCGACAUUCUCUAAACCUACCGUAAUCAAAGAUGGAACCCCAGCAGUUGUGGUGUUCUUUCAAUGCGUCACGAGCGCCAUUGGCCCCAAAGCAACCCUCGCUUUGAACAUGCCAGACUUCACCCGCUACGCCAAGGAUCCCAAGCAAGUCUUCUGGACUCAAGCUGUAGGAUUGUGUAUCCUUGUGACGAUGUGUGGUGUGCUGGGCGCGACGGUCAGUAGCGCCUCCGAGGUCAUCUAUGGUAAGGUAACAUGGAAUCCCUUGGAGGUUGCCAGAUUGUGGGACAACCGCGCCGCGCAGUUCUUUGCAGGCCUCUGCUGGGCAUUUGCUGUCAUUGGUACGAACAUCAGUGCGAACAGCGUCUCGUUCAGCAACGACCUUUCGCUCUGGUUCCCGAGAUACAUCAACAAUAGACGUGGAGCGUAUGUCUGCGCGGUCUUUGGUGUAUGCGCUGUGCCGUGGUACAUCCAGUACAGUGCCAAGUCCUUCUCCUCUUUCCUUGGUGGCUAUGCCCUCUUCUUGGGUGCCAUCGCAGGCAUAAUUGUUACCGACUUCUGGAUUUGCCGUGGGCGUAGGAUCGCAGUAUGGUCGCUCUACGAUCCACGGGGCAUUCACUACUACACUCUUGGGGUUAACCCUCGAGCCAUCAUUGCUUUCAUCUUCGCCAUUGUUCCGAACAUGCCUGGGCUUGCGGCUGCUUGUGGUGCGAAUGGGGUUCCAAAUGGGGCGAUAUAUCUGUACAGCUUGAGCUGGCUGGUUAGUACAGUGGUUGCAGGUUUUACGUAUUGGCUGUGCUGGAAGAUCCGGCCCUUCCCGGUUGACGAAACCAGAGAACAGCUGUACGUCGAGGGAUUUCCGGAAACAAAAGAAUCGAUCGGGUCGGAGAAGGGUAUGGAGACCAAAGAGCCGGAUGUCAAGCCAAUUUGA